AUGACCACAGAUCCGUUACCGAUGGUUCGAAGUCGAGUAGAGGGGAUGUUGAAGGAUAUCGAUGCAAAAUACGCCGGAAUGAUCCAGAGCACCGCUACACAGGGUGUACGUAAGGCUUACCAGCUCCAGUUACACAUCCGUGAAUCCACUUCUAAUGGCGUGCAAAUUAUUCGUGGUAUUCGUGCAUGUGAUGUAUCCCCAUAUGCUACCACUGGCGCUCGUAUUGAUCCUUCAACCGGUCUUCCGCGUCAUUCCAAUGAUGGGCAAGCGGUGCUAAGCGGUCUGUAUCAGCGUCUUCGCGGUAAUCGGCAGCAUCGUAGAUCUUUUCUCACUAGUGUCCUAAGGUAUGUUGUGUUCUGUAAUGUUGCACGUUAUUUCUAG